AUGAGCAACCCAACUCACCUGUAUCACCCUCACCAGUCGCGUCACGCUCAUCAGAGGCAUCAGCAUCCGUGCCGCGGAGAAGUCCUUUAUCGGCGCUGGUCGGUGCUUACAACUGUGACAUCACUACGUGACACUUGUGGAUUGGCAUUGCUUAUGCUGUUACUCCUCCUCCUUCCUUUCGUUCAUGCUCGCCUCCAUUCUCUGCCAGAAGACCCUUAUGGCUUUCCCAAAUAUAAAGUUGACUUCCUGAGCAACCUCCCCGUACCAAAUGACACCGCAAGGCGAUGGCUGGCAGUAGGUCUACGUGGCGGCAUCAACGAGUUUCUCCAAGAUUUACCUCUACAUCCACCUUCCCUCGGCGACCCAGACGCGCAAAUUCCACUAGGCGACAAUCUAGUCUCACUUCCCUCUCAACCGGCAGAUGAUGACAACGAAUAUAUCUGUCUUAUCCCGAAACCUCUUGAUCUACCUGCCCCCGUUGAUGCCGAGGAAGAGGUCCCCCCAGCCCAAAGCUGGUCGCUACUUAACCCGCUAACUUGUCUAUAUCAUCGAACCGUUUGGUUCACGUACUCGUACUGUCACAAUCAGGAAAUCCGCCAAUUUCGCGAAAUCAUCAAGGUACCAUCCCUCACUUCAGGCCCACAUCAACCAGAAGAGGAUCCUAAUUGGGAAGCGUAUACUCUUGGGCGAGCUCCUUCCGCCGGCACCGACCUUUCGGUAACGCAGAAGACUGCAGCGGCUAAUUUGGAGCUUGCCCGCAGCGCCAACUCGCGUUACCUUGUCCAACGGUGGGGCGACGGGACUCCCUGCGACAAGACUGGAAAACCGCGUGAAGUAGAAGUUCAGUUUCACUGCUCGAUGACGACGACAGACACUAUCGCGUUUGUCAAGGAGGCGAAAACAUGCUCCUAUGUGCUUGUGGUGCACACGCCCCGACUUUGUGGCGAACCUGGAUUCAUGUCCCACAAAGACGUGACCGACCAGGCCCUCAUCGGGUGUCGCGAAAUUGUCGCAGAAAAGCCGCCGAAAGCAAUGCUCCCCCCGGCUGUUGCUGCGGACCACCCCGAAUGGAACCCUCACCGAAAGCCUGUUUUACCGCAGCAGCAGCAGCAGCAGCAACAGGCAUCGGCCAAGGAGGGUGGUGUGGCAGACAAGUAUUCAGAGGUCAUUCGCAAGACUCUCGAGGCGAUUAGAGGCAUGCAGAACGGCAAUCUCGAAAUGGAAAUGCUUGAGGACGGGGAGGGCAACUUUGUGGUCGAGAUCGUCGACGACGUUCCUAUGGAUGUAGACCAAGCCAUCCAAAACAAGAAGCAGGCCAAGAAGGACAAGGAGGACAAGGAAGAGCGACGCCUACGAGAGGAGGUAGACAGGCUAUGA